GAUCUCUUUCAAGCUCCAGAUUGUAAAGAUUUCCUGGGUGAGCAGGGGGUCUCUGUUCCCAUCUCCAGGGGCUCUUGGAUGGGACCUUGCUCUGGAAGGAGCCAUGGACCUCUGGCUUUGGUCACUUUGCUUCUUGCCAGUGGCUGGGGCUCUGAGGAUCCUCCCAGAAGUAAAGAUGGAGGGAAUGCUGGGUGGAUCCAUUACCAUUGAGUGCCCACUUCCCCAAAUGCACGUGAGGCUCUAUCUGUGCCGGGAAAUAGCCGAAUCCGGAGUAUGUGCCACCGUGGUAUCCAACAAGAACUUCGUCAAGGAAGAGUACAAGCACCGAGUCACCCUGAAGCCUUAUCCAGAUAGGAAGCUGUUCCUAGUAGAGGUCACCGAGCUGACCAAGAGUGACAGUGGCAUCUAUGCCUGUGGAACCGGCAUGAACACAGACCGGGGCAAGACCCAACAAGUCACCCUGAGUGUCCACAGUGAGUAUGACCUAUUCUGGGAAGAGGAGCCGAUGCCUGAGCCUCCAAGUUGGUUUCAUAAAUUCCUACACAUGCCGAUGCCCCCUUGGUUCAAGAUGCCCCCACCUCCCAGUUCUUUCGAAUUCAUCCCUAAAGUGGUAACCCCAGCUCCAAGGACCGAGGCCCCUCCAGCAGUUCACUCCUCCUCCCCGAUCCCAAUCUCUCACCACCUUCGAGUUUCCAGAGCGUCUUCAGUAGCAGCUUCCAAGCCCCCAACCCUCCUGCCCUCCACCACAGCCUCAAAGACCUCAGCCCCAGAGGCGCUGCCGAGGCCCCAGACGGCCAGCUACAACUACCACACCAGGCUUCACAGGCAGAGAGCCUUCCACCAGGACCCCGUGCCUGGGUUGGAAGACCAAGGAUUUCACAUCCUGGUCCCCACCACCCUGGCCCUCAUCCUGCUGGCACUGCUGGGGCUGCUGAUGAAAAGGGUCAUUCAGAGGAGGAAAGCCCUCUCCAGGCGGGCCCGCCGCGCGGCCGUGAGGAUGCGCGCCCUCGAGGCGUCCCAGCGGCCUCCGCCGCAUCGGCCCCGCGGGUCGCAGCCGCCGCGCUCGCAGAACAACAUCUACACCGCCUGCCCGCGGCGCGCUCGAGCGGGGGACGCGGAGGGCGUCCCUCCUCUCCCAGGCUCCCGACCCUCGGCGCCACCUGUCGCUCCGCAGGGGUCUGAAGUUCUCUGGCUCCACGCCCCGUCUCUGAAGACCAGCUGUGACUAUGUGAGCUGCUACCGUGAGCCUGCUGCCAACGCGGAGGACACAGAUUCGGAUGACUAUGUCAAUAUUCCUUACCUGACUCACCUAUCCAGCUGUCCCCCUGGGCCCAGACCUUGGUGCCAAUGAGC